GAGAGCUAGAGGGUGUGUCCAAAGGGGGUGGACAGUUAGAGGCUUAUAAAAGCCUACCAAUUCCAAACGAGCAGAACUUUCCAGAGAAAGUUCCUGAGGGCUAGCUUCCAGAGCCUCCAACACCAGACGCACACUUGUCUAGCCAUGGCCGAGAGGCGCAUCCCCUUCACCUUCCUGCGUGGACCAUCCUGGGACCCUUUCCGUGACUGGCAUCAGGGCAGCAGGCUGUUUGACCAGGCAUUCGGCAUGCCCGCCUUCCCUGAGGAGCUGCCCCUCUUCCCCAGCAGCCACUGGCCCGGCUACAUCCGCCCGUCAAUGGCGGCUGAGAUGGCCCCUCUGAUGCAGGGUCCCGCCAUGGCCAGCCAGCUUCCCACCUCACCCAUAGUGCCCCACCCAUCGGCCUAUGCCCGCGCCCUGUCCCGCCAGCUCAGCACAGGCGUGUCUGAGAUCAAACAGACAUCGGAUGGCUGGAAGGUCAGCCUGGAUGUGAACCACUUCGCCCCUGAGGAGCUCACGGUCAAGACCAAGGACGGCGUGGUGGAGAUCACAGGAAAACACGAGGAGAGGAGGGACGAGCAUGGCUUUGUGUCCAGAUCCUUCACCAGGAAGUACACGCUGCCCCCUGGUGCUGAUGCGGAGAAGAUCAUCUCCUCUCUGUCCCCAGAGGGCGUCCUGACCGUGGAGGCGCCCCUGCCCAAACCCGCCAUCCAGUCCUCUGAGAUCACCAUCCCCGUAAACACAAGCGCCAGUAGCGUCGCCAAGAAGCCGGGCGAUGCCAAGUGAUGGAGUAGAAUGAGAAAUAUCUCAAGCACCACUUUUAGAUAGAUGAGAUGCACACACAAGCAAUUUUUCUGUGUUCAGUAGAAAGGUACACAUACACUGACGCUUGGACUUGGCUCCUUAAAGGAAUACUUCUAAUGUCUGUUUGGUGCAUUUGUAGCGUAUGUUUGAUUACCACAGACUUUUCUGUACUUAGAAAAGAACAGAAAAAACACUGGCUUGAAACAGACUUGCAACAGAAGUCAAUGGGCAGGUUCUUUAGCCCUCUAUUGUGAAUGUAUUUAGAGCAUUUCAGGUUUCUGUUCUCUACAGGAAAUUGUGUUGAAGGUCUGGCUGUGAUAAUCAGUCAUAUCCUAUGGGUUCAGCAGAUAGAGAUUAGGGUGAAAAACUGAAGUAUUCCUUUAAGUAUAAGACAGUAGCGAAUGCUCUGAUAUUCUUAUGCGUAGCCACUGCAUGCUCUAGUCUCCGCCUGUCUAAUGCAAGCUCUGGAGGACAUUUGCCGAGGUGUAUAUGGAGGUAGACAGCUAUAAAAGAACGUUUUUUUUUACUUACUCCAUAUGUAGUGGAUCAGCUAAGACAUGUCUGGUUUGGCUUUUUCAGUUUAGCUUUGGAGCUACAAGACUUAUGUAGCUAACAAACACUACAAGUCAAUAGUCACCCAAACGUUUUCUGUAAAUACAUGCCAAAAACUUUGCUCAAACUGUGUCCAGGACUUCGUUAAGAUUGCAUAGACUUGUCUAUGUGGUUUAGGACACAGUAUAACCUAAUGUGAACUGUGAAAAUAAUCAAAAUUUUCACAUAGCAAUUUAUGUAGCAGGUGAGGAAACAACAGAAGAGGUGAAUGUAAUUUGUCAUAAACCACAUUGAUAAGUCUCCACGACCUUAAUGGAGAGCUGGAUGUGGUCUGAGCCUGUUAAGAGAACUUAAGGGGUACGCUUUUACAGAAAAGAUUUGGGGGACUAUUGAUUUCUAGUGUUUGUCAGCAACGGUAGCCACAGUGCUCCAGUGGUACAUUAAAAAAGCAAUAUCUGGACACCAAACAUGUCUUGGCUGAUCUGGGGUAAGAGGAAAAUUGCGUAAAGCCGAUUUUUCACUUAAGUAUUCCUUUAAUUUAGACUUUCUUCUUGCCCAUCCCCACAAUGCUAUCCAUUCCCUCAUCACACAGUGAACGUAUGUGUGAUCCUUAUCUCUGCUCUUGGUAAUGAACUGAAUCUGGCUAUGUAAAUGUAUCUGCAUCACCAUAUGUCGGUUCUGUGGUAAUCACGUACUUCAUCUGAAUAAUGGAGCAUGCACACAGUGCCUUUGCAAAGCAGUGAGCUUGGGGUGUCUCUUUAUCUUUGUUUCUCUCACACUGCACACACAAACACAUUAGCGAUUAGCCAGCGCUACACUGAAACAGCCUUGACACCGCUCACCUCAUAAAGAGGUUAUUUCCUUCCCUCCACCAUAUGAAAAGACUACAGCAAUUUAUUCUCUCCUGGGGUCAAUCAAAAAUGACUGCUCAUUUCACAUAUAGUCCACUGCUUGAGGAGUUAAGGCCUGUUAGCAUCCAUGUAAAGCUGUAUAUGACAGCACAAAAUCAUUUUGGAUCAGACAGUGAAGUCGUCAUUGCUUCCAGAAGCUCAUCUUAGAGCCUGUUUUUCCGGUUUGUUCUUGCUUAUGAUGUCCUUUUAGGUAGAUUUGUUUAAAGGAUAGCAAUUUCUUUAAUGCUAGCUUUUGUGAGAGCUCUAUGAACUUUUCAAUAAACUUUUUAACGU